AUGAUAUUCCUCACACUCCUCAAAAAGGGUGAUCCAAAAGUGGCAGCAAAGGCUUUUUCAGAACUUCGACAGACAGAAGCUUUGUCUAAAGAAAUCAACAACGAACUUCUUGAGUUGAACAUACAAAUCGUUUCACUUGAUAGUCUUGGAGAAUCUAUCAACACAUCGCGAGUUCCGCGACCAGAACCUCGUCCAGAUACGCCGACUGAUAGCGUCGCAGACGUAAGGCCUUCAAAGGUGUUCUUGGUGUUGAUAAGUUCGCACCGUUCCACGCCCUCUCCUGUCCCCGCUCCUCCUCCGGCAACGCCAGCUUCUUUGGCAGAUUCCGCUGCAAACCAACCAAAUGCGUCUUCUGGUGGCAAUCCAUUUGAAGAAGAUAAUGUGGAGGAAGUUUUCGAGAAUAAGAUCUAUCCGGUAUCGGCAGUGCUUCCUCGCGCCGAUAAGGAAGAGGAGAAGAAUACAAACGAAACUCCGAAAAAGGUCAAGGAUCCGACAAACUCAUUCGAGGGGGAUACAGAUGGAGAACAACACGAACAAGUACCCAUUGAGGCACCUCCAACAGACCAUGCUUCAAAGGUAGUUACUAGGGAAGCUCGUAAGGUGCUUUACCUUGUGAGGACAACUCACGAGUACAAAGCGAUAGACACUGAUGAGUUGUCUUUUGGUCUGGGAGACGAUCUGAAGGUUCUGGAGUCGGAACGUGAAGAUCAAGUUGAUGAGUUGGCAGCUCAGCGAAAAAGCUGA